AUGCCAAGUGUUCAACAAAAUCCAUCCGACAAAGACACAGAAACAUUUGUUGAAACUGAUCCAACUGGAAGAUAUGGAAGAUACGAUGAAUUACUUGGAGCUGGUGCUUGUAAAAAAGUCUAUAAAGCAUUUGAUAAUGAAGAAGGAAUAGAAGUAGCAUGGAAUCAAGUUAAGCUCAGAAAUUUCAGCAAUGACCCUGCAAUGAUUGAAAGACUUUACUCUGAAGUGAGACUUCUUAAAAACAUGACAAACAAAAACAUCAUUGCACUUUACAAUGUUUGGAGGGAUAAGGAGCAUAACACACUGAAUUUCAUCACUGAGGUUUGUACAAGUGGGAAUUUGAGGGAGUAUAGGAAGAAACAUAAACAUGUUUCUCUUAAGGCUUUGAAGAAGUGGUCUAAACAAAUAUUGGAAGGGUUGAAUUAUUUGCAUGUUCAUGAUCCUUGUAUCAUCCAUAGAGACCUCAAUUGCAGUAAUGUGUUUGUCAAUGGAAAUACUGGCCAGGUUAAGAUUGGUGACUUAGGUUUGGCAGCAAUUGUGGGAAAGAACCACUCAGCACAUUCAAUUCUAGGCACACCGGAAUUUAUGGCACCAGAGCUAUAUGAAGAGAAUUACACAGAAAUGGUAGACAUAUACUCAUUUGGAAUGUUAGUAUUAGAGAUGGUGACACUUGAAAUUCCAUAUAGUGAAUGUGACAAUGUUGCAAAGAUAUACAAGAAGGUGACUUCAGGUGUGAGACCACAAUCCUUGAACAAGAUAAAAGAUGCUGAAGUCAAGACUUUCAUCGAAAAGUGUCUUGCUCAAUCAAGGGCUAGACCUUCUGCUGAGGAAUUGCUAAAGGAUCCUUUUUUUGAUGAUGUAGAGUACGAUGAAAACGACGAUGUUGAUUACUAA